AUGUUGUCAUUCAGGUAUCGAUCGGCUUUUGAGUUAUCAGCUAAUCUCGAUAAAUUGAACAAAUGUUAUAUAGAAUCGGCCAAUGAAGAAGAACUUAGUGAUAUCCUACGUGAAAUUGAGUUGAUGAAGGACCUUGGAAAACAUGAAAAUGUCAUUCAGAUGUUUGGUUGCUGCAUAAGAUGUCGUCCAAUAUGUUUAGUCCUGGAAUACGCGCCGGGUGGAAAUUUGAAAAAUUAUCUGAGGUCUCUUAAAAAGAAGGUAAUUACCUAUCAAAGUGCCAGUAAUGGGUGCAAUGCGGAACCUUCCAUUUUCGUGCGUAAACCAUUUUAAAGGUGGUUAGUAAGAACUUCCCGUUGCACUUGGGAGAUUAGUUUUCCGAAAUUUUUGUGUUCUUUAUAAAAUAAUUAGAAGUUCUUCAUAUUGAUUUUCACAAAAGUAGGUGCAGUUUCACGUAGUUUAAGAGACCAUUUGAAAAUGUUGUUUUGCUAUAGUGACCCGAUUAACUGGUCUCACCAGAGAUGUGGUGUAGUUAGUUGCAUACUUACAUUUAAAAUGUAUUUGUUUAAAUUUGUUCAUUCCUUUAUUCAUUAUUCCUGGGGACAAGAAUGUUCCUUCAAUGCGUUAUCGGCUUUUUGAAGAACAAAAAAUACAUCAUGUUUAAAUUUAUAUACUUAUUAUACUAUCAUAUAUUUUUUCUUAAAGUGUAAAGAUAUUGCAAGCGCGCAGACGAAUGAAGCCAUAAAAUCUGGCAAGGUAUGAUAUUUUGUCAACAAAAUGCACUAAUUCUAAUUUUCCUUUAAUUUAUAUACAGGGACGCCGGAACUGGGGGGCAGGGGGGGCGGCUGCCCCCCUUGCCUUUUGCUAGGGGGGGCAGGGGGGGCAGAAGUGCCCUUUAGUUAUAAAAAAAUACGUGAUAAAUCACAUUUACAACAAUGCUUUUUGUACGAAAAUCAUGAGAUUAUAGUUUAUAAUUGACUUUUGGUACGUCCGGAAAAAAUUUUUGACCCCUAAAAUGGUACACUGACCGGAAAUUUUUUUUGGGGGGGGGGGAGUCGCUGAAAUUUUUCAAGUUAAAAAAAAUUUUGCGGACGAUUUUGAAGUUUUGCUUUAGGGAGGUGCCCUUGGUGUGGGUCCGCCCCCCUUUGCCUUAUGAUCGUUCCGGCGUCCCUGUUAAAUUAUAUAGUUUAAAAUAUUCCGGUUUAAUGCACGAGUCAAUAAUGAAAGUCAAAAAUUAUUGUCAGAAUAAGCGAAAAUUAUAACCUGUGCCAUGCAAAUUUUAAUAAAUACAACUAUUACUGUCGAUGCAAUAGAAGUGUUGAUAAAAUAUUGCAUCAAUUCAUUUCCUCAAGUUGAUCAACUCAUACGAAUUCAAAUUUCUUUUUACUUCUCGUGCGUUUCCUAUUGGUCAAUCGGUUCUGAAACGAAAUCUAAUUGGCCCAUCUAGAAGUAACGGGAAGUUGAUCAAUUUUCUAUCGAAUGAAUUGAUCUACUUGAGGAAAGGAAUUGGUGCAAUAUUUUAUCAACACUUCUCAAUCAUCGACGGUAAAGGUUUAUGAUUUCAUUGUUUAAAUACUUUUAACCACUCUUAGCAAGAUUCAAGUUUAUAUUAAAGUUUUAUAAUAUUCGAUAGCAAUUUAAUGCUAUAAUGUUAUUAAAUGACUAUGCUAUUAUAUGCCUUUAAAAGUUUAAUUAACGUUUUUAAAGUCGUCCCCGGGGUGGGGCAUUUUCCACUCUCAGCUUGCCCAAGGGCCGUGCACUAAGUCUCUUAGUUGUGUCCCGGCACCUGGGCAUUUACACUGUCGUACCCAAUCAAAUCAAAUGCCCGGGUGUGUUCCCGGGGGGGGAGGUUACUCCUGGAAUUGACUGAUACAUAAAUUUUGGCUUAAAGUGCCUUUAACGUCAAGAAGUUUUUAGUUUGAGUGCCAGGCUAUCGGCUUUGAGAAAAUGGCCUGAUAUAAGUUGAUGAUUUCCUCAACGUAACGUCCAGGAUCUGGAUGUUACGCUGGUUGACUAACAGUAUACUAAAUGCAGUGCUUGUGCGGAGGAAAUAAAUCUGACUGGCUGCCAUUGUAAUAGGAACGUGUGGCAAUUAAGGGGUGCAUGCGCAGAGCUCAAAACCGACUUUUGUCUCAUGGUUUCUUUUCCACUCCGAAAGAUUGAUACUCAGAUUAAAGCAUUGAAAAAAUUACUAUAAUUGAUAUAUACAUGAGAAAGUUAUGCAGGAGCAAAUUCAUAUGUUUAAUAUGUAUGAAUGAAACACAUGUGAAAUAAAUCAUGUACUCGACACUCAUUUGAAUGGCACAACAAUUUAUUAAAAUAUAAGUCUUUAACUGCAUGUGAGAAGCGAAAACUUAAAUCAAAAUUUCAUUUGUUUCAGCGCUUGCCACACUGUAAAAACUGAUUGGUAAAGAUAAAAUAAUUAAUAUUAAUAUAAAUAAUAAUUAAUAUUAUUAAUGGUUAAAACAAUCGAAAAAUUAGUUACAAUAACACAAUUUUUUGUUAUUUUAAUUAACAAUUAAGGUGGCUAUAUGUAGUUAUCACAAAAACCCUGCUCAAGAAUCGCGAACUCAGAACCGGGUGACCAUUUUUACGCGCAAGUCGCGUAAACUGAUUAACAAAAUGAAAGAACUUCCAAAAUGACCCGACGUAUAUAUAGCGUUUUAUGUCAAUUGCUGACGACAUUAGAAUUUUCCAUUUUAGACUAACAAUGCGCUAUAUCUCUUUAUUUUGUCUGGUGACCUAUGUUAAAAUUUUGCAUGCGGUAUUGCACCGCUAAAAACUUUCAUUAUACAAAAAAUUAAAAAAAUUCUGUAAUGCCAAAAAAAUUUUACCGAAGAAUAUGACAUUUUCGCAUUUUCCAGAAAAAUAGCGUUACAGAAUUUUUUAUAUUUUGCUAAUUGUUAGCUUUUCGUCCAAGUAAAAUAAUGCACGAAAAAAAAUUGGGGUCACCAUGCUUUUUUCAACUAUACGAGACGAUAGGCCAUUUUGGAGUGAAUUUCGUACGCGUAUGUCGUCAUAGCAACAAAGUAUCUGUUGCUAAAACUAUUAUAAUUUUAAAGUAGAGUUAUCAAAAUAUAUAAAAACCCAAUAUCUGCUGAAUAAAUACUAAAAAUGCAUAGUUUGAACAUGUCAAAGUGUUAAACACCUGAAUUUUUGAAAACUGUAUCGAGCCACCUUAAGUGCACCUGAGAAAACAAAUAUAUGUAUUCAUAUAUAUUUUAAUAUUUAUAGAAUGCAGGUCUCUUUAUUAGUUCUUUGCACUUACAUAGAUUACAAUUGAAUUGACAUAUACCGACUUGAAAAUAUUUCAGGGGGGAUAUCAGAAAUUUAUUGGGGCAGGUGAAAUGCCAAAAGAUUCAACAUCUUCAACUCUUGUUAAUGCAAGUGAACAGUACAGGUUGGAAGAAACAGGAAUAAAACAAGCUGAAGGUAAUUACGACAGCAAUUGCAAAUUAAAAUAAUACGGAAAAUUUAGGCAAGGCAUAAAUAUACAUGUACGUAUAUCUUUCCAGUCUUUGCGGAGGAAGAUCUGUUUGGUUUGGCCAUGCUCCUCCAAAGAAUUUCGAUAUAUAUUUUUCGCUAUUUCUCAAAAAUUUGACAUUUUUAUGAAAAGGCAUUUUCUGCAAUUUGAGCAAGAUUCUACAAGAUCUGACUUGACUGGGUAAAUUUGUUGAUUUUAAUUUUUUGGGUAGAAAAGAAUAUUAAGUUCUCCCACCGGUAAUAUUUGCAGCUGUAGUUAUGCUUCUCGUGACAGGGUUAAUUUGUAGAAAAAAUUGAUAGUUACACACAACUAUCAUAAUAAUGUAUGAUACUGUACCCCGUGCAUUAAUUUCAUACCGGUUUUAAAUUAUGUUUAACAGCAUGUGACAAUGUUUUUAUUCAUUAUUUGUUUUUGAGAAAAAAUAUGCGAACAAACAAAAAAAAAUUCCUCUUUCAAAAUAAAGUAAUCAAUAAACUAGCCAUAGAUCUGCGUUGUAAAUAAUAAAUGUUAAAAUUUUUAUCAACAUUUUAAACGUACAGCUGAUACAAUGAACGGCGCUUCACGUAAAUUCCAUGUCAAAUUAUAUUAUAUUUUAGAUUUAAAUUUCGAGAUUGCCUCGAGAAUAAACGAGGAAAUUCGUGUUGCUUUGGAUCCCAAAGAAUUGGAAUCGUUUGCUCGUCAAAUUGCUACUGGAAUGGUAAAUUGUUUACAAUAUUAUAUAUAAUUAUUUUUAUGUUUAAACCUGUAUCUUACUAUGUUUUUAUCUUAGCUGCCUAACCAGAUUUCGUACACGCAAAAUACUGAACUGUAACAAAUUUCCUGAAACAAUGUCAUCAUGCUUGUUGUACGUAAUGGUCCGAGACUAUUAGUGCAGUACCCCGCAUUUAACUGCAUUCAAGUCAGUCAACUAACCAAAGUCGGGAAAUAAUAUAUCAUUUAUAUUUUCAUUUUAGAAACAUGUUUCAGGACUUAGUAUUGUUCACCGUGAUUUGGCAGCAAGGAACAUACUACUUGGUGAAGACAAAGUUUUAAAAAUAUCAGAUUUUGGCUUGUCACGCGAGGGAACAUACAUAAAAAAAUCUAACGGGAAAAUUCCAUUCCGAUGGCUAUCGAUUGAAGCGAUACAAGAACGAACUUAUUCCACUGCCGGUGAUGUGUGAGUACACAAAUUUACUACUAUUUUUAAAGGAAACUACUAUUUUUAAAGGAAACGACUAUUUUGUUCUCAUACAUAUUUUAACAUAAUCCAUCCCAGAAAGUCCAUUCCUUGAAGAAAAUAUAACACCCGUUUAGCAUACACCUCAACGGGUAUUACCCAUAUGUUCUCAAUUGAGAAUAUUCGGUAUUACCCGUGCCAGACUAUCGCCUGCGCUACUUGACGCUGACGCUUUCGCAUAUCAUUAUAUAUAAACCAAUCACAAUCGUCUUUCUAUCACACGUUCUUCUCGAGCUUUGAGCUGCCAUAUUUGAAAACAUUUCUA